GAGAAAUUUUCGGCGUCUCCCACGCAGCAAUAAUGCAUGCCCGAUUUCGUCCUCAAUCCGGCCAUUGAAGCCGAAUGUGUCCGUUCAGAACGUACAAAUGUACCAGGUACCGUAGCACUCGAAUGGGAUAGACAUGCCAUGAGGCUCUGGUCAUAGCCAACAAUGGAACCAACAUUCUGCUGGUCUCUUCGACGACAUUGUACGGUCGUUGUACCAGUCUGUCUCGUUGUGGCAUUGUUGCAAAACGCGGUUGCCGCCAACCUUGACUCUCCGGAGGAACCCCUAUACCGCUCAAGAUUGCAACAACACAGGCAGCUUCAAGAUCCCAUCAGCCCAUGCGCCGCCAUUGCAUAUGACGACGCUGUCCUGCCAUCCGAGACUUGGCCGUGGACUUCUUCAAGCCGUCAUUCAUUGAACAAUGCCUAGCAUCCCAAUCAGUCAACCAGACCUUGCUCUACUCGCACAUUGCUAACUUGAAGGAAACCUUUCAACAGUAUUAUUGCUUCUACGAUAUUGCAAGCAAUGCCAGUGAUAGCAACCCUAUAAGCUUCCAGCCGGAGCUUGGGUACUCGGUCUUUUCCGGUCCUCUAGCAGGACAGGUCGAUCUUACGGAAGAGAUCGGCGCCUUGCUGGAGACCGUCGAAUCUGGGGCAGCAUCCCUAGCUACCUUUUGGGAUCUUCAAACAAUCAGCAACAAGCUCUUUGAUGCUCACGUGUCGCUUCCCAGACUCGCAGGUGUGGCUGGUGAGCUAGCAGAUCUGCACCUGUUAAAUAUCUUUCCUGACCGAAACCUUGAUCCAUCCAGGAGGAUAGCACGGACUUGGAUGCGUCCUUCCUAUCUCAAGGGUGGCGAGUUCCAGCUCAAAGUGAUUUGGGAAUCAUACGAUGGCAAUCAAACCGAGGAUAUCGUCGUGUCUAUGAACGACAUGGCGCCCUACGACUUCGUUUUGGACCUCGUUUCCAAACCCGAAGCAGCCAUAAACUUCCCGUAUCAAUCCAUUGGUGCCCGAAUGAACGGUGCUUUCAAAAGACUCGAAACCUCCAGCAGCAGGGCACCCGAAGGAGUGGUUUUCACUAUUGGUUCCAGGUCGAGACCAACUUCGAUACUUCCUGAUGCCUUCGUUGUCACAUACGCGAGCGGAGAAUCUGAGACAUACUUUUCCGGGCUACGGUAUCGUGGUUUGAAUACUUCGACGGUGUAUGAUCUCUUGAACUCUAACAAUCUUGACCUAGACACACCCGGAUCAGCCUACCAAAAUUUUCAAAUUGCUGUUAGCCAGAUCCAAGGCGUGACGGCAACGACCAAAGACGCUCAACAGAGGAAAUCUACACCCAAGACGACCGACGUGGAACUAGAAGUAUUGAAGCAGGUUGAUGGUGAUGAUACAGGAUACCAAUUUGAUGAAGUGAUCAACCUACGAAGCCAGCUGUCGGGAGAGAGGAUGGACGUUGCGGCGUACAAGAUUCAUGACGAAUUUGCCGUCCUGAAAAUUGAGAGCUUUGCCUUUGAAGCUGACGAUGAUGGUAACCCAGCCAUGAUUUCCAUCUGGUCGAACUUUACAGCGGCAGCAAAAGAAAACGGAGUGACGAAGGCGAUGAUAGAUAUCAGUGGAAAUGGCGGGGGAGUCAUUACCUCCGGCUAUCAGUUGGCAGUAUCUUUGUUCCCCUUUGCCCCUUACAAGGUCUUCGAGCGUCAAUUCGACGUAACCUACAACUCUGUGAUGCUGGCCUACAACGACACCGUCUCACCGGUGAUGGACAGUCUAAAGCUAGAGGUCAAUCUCUUGACAGACACUCAACUAGAAGCAUACAUUGAAGCUUCACCGACCAGUACUGGCGAGCUCGUGAGCUCUAUGAUCGAAUCCUUGCUGGGCUUCUGCUGCAACGACAUUUUGUUGGAAACAUGUCAAAACCUGCAACGCUGCUUUCCACUUUUUGACUUGAGUGUAUCAGCCCAGACAAUGAACCAAUUUCCAAGUGCUCCUCAAAUGCGCAGUUUCCUGCAACAACUUACUGAGGCUUUUGACGAGUACAAUCCGUUCAACGUGUUACAAACUUUGCAGCGUGGGUUUGUUGACCCCAAUAAAAUACACAAGGUCGUUCGAGGAGGUCAAGUUGUGAACCUAACGAAUCAAUUUACCAUCUUAGAGGAACAGUUGUACUACGAAGCAGCGGCUCAGGCAUUCCAGAAUGAUUUCUUCUUCGACGAAGUUGUGAUCGUCUCAGACGGGGCAGCUGGGUCCACCGCCUGCAUCUUUUCAAGCAUGGUAAUGCAGCUAUGGAAGAACAGGGAUGCUUGGGAGGGGCGCGAAGUUCCAAUCACAACAAUAACGUAUGGAGGAACGAAGGAGCCAUCCGAUACCACUGUAGCUGGGUUCCCCGCAUCGGUGCAACAAGUCAACAUUGGAUAUCCGAUCAUCACGUCGGGCUUGCUAUACAUGUUGGAAUUCCUUCUACCACCCGCCCUUUCCGUGCUUCUAACGAACGUCAAUAGCUACUACCAGUCUCUCUUGCCUGUGCCACCUUAUUUUGCCGAGUCACUGCCUCAAAUGCCCGUAUUCAACUACUACAGUAACUUCAUGCAACCAGGUGCUAUCCCACUACAGUUCGUGAAGAUUGUUGCUGACAAGCACCUUCCCCAAAUCUUCAAUCACAACAGCCUGGCUAGCACAAGUGGACUUGAGACCCUGUAUGAAGAAGCUGCCAAGCUUGGCUUCACAACUGAUACUGUGGUUGAGGAAAGUGAAGAUGAGACGCAUGAUGUAGUCGCAGAAAGGAAACGCUUUGAACCUGGAGGUCGGCAGUAACAAGAAGAAGAUUGUUCAAACCUGGAGGUUCACAGCAACCCAAAGGCCCAAAAGUGCCUGUCUACUAGUACUUUCCUGCUUGCCUGCAUACUAAUAGAACUUUCUAGCGAUGACCAGCAAGCUGUCUUGAAAGCAUGCA